AACAGAGCACUUAAAAACUGUCAUCCCAAGUGCAUUAAUUCUGAAUAUCACGAUGGUGAACUACACAAAGGAGAAUCUGUAUGCGUUGACAGAUGUGUAUCAAAGUUUCUAAGUGUCAAUAUCUUCAUCUUGAAGAAAUUUCAAAAAAGCCAAGAG